GCCGCCGAGCCGCCGCCCGUGCUGCACCUGCCCGCCAUCCAGCCCCCGCCGCCCGUGCUGCCCGGGCCCUUCUUCAUGCCGUCCGACCGCUCCACGGAGCGCUGCGAGACCGUGCUGGAGGGGGAGACCAUCUCGUGCUUCGUGGUGGGCGGCGAGAAGCGCCUGUGCCUGCCGCAGAUCCUCAACUCGGUGCUGCGCGACUUCUCGCUGCAGCAGAUCAACUCCGUGUGCGACGAGCUGCACAUCUACUGCUCGCGCUGCACGGCCGACCAGCUGGAGAUCCUCAAAGUCAUGGGCAUCCUGCCCUUCUCCGCGCCCUCGUGCGGGCUCAUCACCAAGACGGACGCCGAGCGCCUGUGCAACGCGCUGCUCUACGGCGGCGCCUACCCGCCGCCCUGCAAGAAGGAGCUGGCCGCCAGCCUGGCGCUGGGCCUGCAGCUCAGCGAGCGCAGCGUCCGCGUGUACCACGAGUGCUUCGGCAAGUGCAAGGGGCUGCUGGUGCCCGAGCUGUACAGCAGCCCCAGCGCCGCCUGCAUCCAGUGCCUCGACUGCCGCCUCAUGUACCCGCCGCACAAGUUCGUGGUGCACUCGCACAAGGCCCUGGAGAACCGGACCUGCCACUGGGGCUUCGACUCGGCCAACUGGAGGGCCUACAUCCUGCUGAGCCAGGACUACACGGGCAAGGAGGAGCAGGCCCGGCUCGGCCGCUGCCUGGACGACGUGAAGGAGAAGUUCGACUACGCCAACAAGUACAAGCGGCGGGUGCCCCGGGUCUCCGAGCCCCCAGCCCCCAUGAGACCCAAACCCGAUGACUCUUCCCAGUGCCCCGCAUCCUCUGAGAAGGACAAGCAACCCAGCUGGCUGCGGACCUUGGCUGCUUCCUCCAACAAGAGCCUCGGCUGCCCUCACCCUCGCCAGCGCCUCUCUGCUUUCCGACCCUGGUCCCCCGCAGUCUCCGCAAGCGAGAAGGAGAUCUCCCCACACCUCCCAGCCCUGAUCCGCGACAGCUUUUACUCCUACAAGAGCUUCGAGACGGCUGUGGCCCCCAACGUGGCCCUUGCCCCACCAGCCCAGCAGAAGGUAGUGAGCAGCCCACCGUGCGCCACUGUGGUGUCCCGAGCUCCCGAGCCUCUCCCCACUUGUGUCCAGCCUCGGAAGCGGAAGCUGACUGCAGACACCCCAGGAGCCCCGGAGACGCUGGCACCCGCAACUGCCCCGGAGGAGGACAAGGACUCGGAGGCCGAGGUGGAAGUUGAGAGCAGAGAGGGAUUCACGUCCUCCCUGUCCUCGCUGUCCUCUCCGUCCUUCACCUCGUCCAGUUCUGCCAAGGACCUGAGCUCCCCAGGCACGCACGCCCCACCCGCAGCCGCCCCGGAUGCCACGGCCCACACUGACACCCCCAGUGGGCUGGAGGCGGAGCUGGAGCACCUGCGGCAGGCCCUGGAGGGCGGCCUGGACACCAAGGAAGCCAAAGAGAAGUUCCUGCAUGAAGUGGUCAAGAUGCGCGUGAAGCAGGAGGAGAAGCUGAACGCAGCCCUGCAGGCCAAGCGCAGCCUCCACCAGGAGCUGGAGUUCCUGCGUGUGGCCAAGAAAGAGAAGCUGCGGGAAGCCACGGAGGCCAAGCGGAGCCUGAGGAAGGAGAUCGAGCGCCUCCGAGCUGAGAACGAGAAGAAGAUGAAAGAGGCCAACGAGUCGCGGGUGCGCCUGAAGCGGGAGCUGGAGCAGGCGCGGCAGGCCCGAGUGUGUGACAAGGGCUGCGAGGCCGGCCGUCUGCGCGCCAAGUACUCCGCUCAGAUCGAGGACCUGCAGGCCAAGCUGCAGCAUGCAGAGGCGGAUCGGGAGCAGCUGCGGGCUGACCUGCUGCGGGAGCGCGAGGCCCGUGAGCACCUGGAGAAGGUGGUGAAGGAGCUGCAGGAGCAGCUGUGGCCACGGCCGCCGCCUGAGCACACCGGUGGCGGGGGCAGCACCGACCUGGAGCCCUAGCCCUGGCGCGGCCGCCCGGCGGCGUGGUCUCCAGCUUGACCCCCAGCUCAGGCCCGGUGGGCGGACGGCAGCGGGCGGCGCUGCCCAGGCCCGGCCCCGCCCCCGCAGCCACCCAGCACAACGUCUCUACUGUGCCUAUUACCAAACGAGUGUUUGUAACCACACACUUUUGGAAUCCACUGCAAAAUUUUCUACUGGCCAAGUUCAAGUAAGCAAGCUGUGUCCCUAGCUGCAGCCAGUCCACGCCAGCACGGUGGCUUGUGGCUGGAUCUCUGCUUGCCAGAACAUUCUAACAUUUACACUUUUGUUAUAAGCUAUUUAAAACCAAUAAGGAGACUUGAUACUCAGAAAAAUCAACACGUUUUUUAGUGACUAACUUUCAUAGGCUUUGACACGCCACACCGUCUGGAGGCCCGCCCUGGGGCCUGGGAAGCCAUCACCGCUCAUCUGUGCCCGCGGCCGCACAAGGGCAGCAAGGGUUUUCUUCAGAGUUUAUUUUUUCAGCGACAAGGGCCCGGGUCUUCCUGCUCCGCCAGGAAGAGCAGGUCGAGUGCCGCGUGCGAGAUGAGCCGAACACUGCCCGCCUUACCGCCGCCCGCCCCGCCGCCCGGCCGCCGCUCCACGGGCUCCCGGAGGCCGAGCUGCGCAGGAGCCGUGGGGGGGGGGGGGACAACGGAGACGUCCCAGCGCCCCGUGCCCGCCUCCGCCGCUGGGACCAGCCCGGGAACACGCGCCCCUUGACCCCCAGCUCUCGGCACUUUGGCUCACAACGCCCAUUCCCAUCGCCGGGCUGAGGCUGCAGCUUUGGAACAAAUAGCAUUACAUCACUUUUUUUUGUUACUCAUUCAUUUAAACGUAUGUUUAGAACUGCACUUUGUCAAAAACCUUCCCUUCUCUUUUUACUCCCCAGUUAACUGAGGUUUUUACCGAUUUCUAGAGCAGUUCAAACCCUAAGUGCUCGAGUGCUUAGAAAUCCCCUCUGGUGCUUGGUUGAACAAGGGAAUCACAAGAAAACGAAAACGCAGAAACUGAACUUGGGGGUCGUUCUGUGCCUUCCAGCGUCUUGUACAGCAAACCUGACUCAUGUCUUUUUACCCCCAAAAAUACCGUCUUCAGUAGCGAUUGAAAUCUGCCACUGUCAGAAUACGUUACUUGCAUUUAUUCCAAAUAGUCUUGUUUACUCUUAACUGUUCAUGCAAAUUGUAUAAGGUUUCUUAUGCCCAAGCUUGAAAAACAAUUUUCCAGUAGACAGGAGGCCGCCGCGCCCUCCCCCUCCCCCUCCCCUCCCCCUCAGUGGCGGUAUUUAUUUGAGAUCACACAGGAGUUCUUUGCUUUAGUCUUUCCAGCACCCUGGCCGCGAGCUGAGCAAGGUGGAGUGCGGAGUGUCCGCGCAGGUACAAAGAGCCUCAAGUGCGCACCACACCGGGGAGGAGCAAAGCCAGACCAGGAAGCCCUGGCGUCGGAGCGGGUGAGGGGGCCGUCCGCAGGGCUCGCCCUUGGUUUACUGAGGGGGGCUCGGCGGCGGCUGGCCCUCCGCCUUCUAAAGUGCAAUGCAAAAGGGACAUCGUGUAUGCGCAGCGUUUGUUUGGGAAUCUUUGCUUUUGCUUUUCUUUUGUGGUUAUGAAACCUGUAUGCAUGGGAUGUCAUGCCUCUUCGGCGCCCACCCGUGGCGUUACUACCGUGUCAUAAAGGGUCGGAUCUGUUACGCAGCGUGCAGAAUGCGGCUUUCGGCCUUGUUUUUCUGAGUUGUGUUUUUUCAGUCCUUUCUUCAAGGAGAACUAAAUGGUUUAGUUGGAGCAAAGCUUUAAAUGUGUUGGCGUGCUUGUGUGUGGCGUCCUUGUCACCACGUCUGGAGAUGGCCCUGAGCCAGGCCCUGGUUGAGUCUUAGCUCCAGAGGGGCACGCUCCGCUCCGCAGCGGCGGGCAGAGCCUCUCCCCGCCCCGCCUCUUGUCACCAUCACACCCGGCCCCUGGGCCUAGCGCUAGCAAUGCAGCAGGAACUUCGGUGUGCAGCUAGACCUGGCCGGGAAGCCCACCGAGGCCACAGCUCCCACGGCUCCCCCAGGCCUUCCGACGGUGGGAACUUGACCAGCGGCUCAAGCUCUGGGCCUCCUGGGCAGCUCUGCUCUCUCUGGCUCCGUGCCCUGCGUGAAGCCCAGCUGGCCGCAGGCCAGCCGGGCAGCUCCACUGCGGGGCACGGUGGGCCGGGGCGGCCGGGCCAGGCCCCAGAGUGCUUGUUGAGGCUGCAAGUUCAUUUUUUGCUCAGAGAAAGGGAGGAGAGAUUGCUAUCAUCGCGUUGGUCGUUGACUCCCUGUGUGUGAACCCAUUACCGCGAUGGUUGUGUAUCACUUUAAUUACUCAUUUCUAUUCUGAAAGGUUUUUAACGAAGGGAAAAACCAAAGCAAUAACAUUCAUAUCCGUGAGCAGCUAACCCCACACACGACACCCCGCUUUCCUACAGAGCUGGCCCAUGAAAAAACAACUCACCUGUAAAUACUUCUGUUCCCUUUCAUUUUACACCGUUGUAUGUAUGUAUAUGGUGGCUCUUUUUUCAGAAACUUUUCUUACCUGGUAGCUGUUUUGUUUUCCGGGUUGUUUUUAACUGAGGAAAAAAACGCUCAUCUGCCAGAGGGGACGAGCAGCCUUGUGGCCAUCUCCUGCGUGGCGUCCCUCCCCCUGGCCGCCGCCCAGUCCCAUCUCCACCCAGGUUGGUCCCCGCGCUCCCUCCCACCGCCCCUCCUCGCCAGCGCCGGGGAGCCGCAUCCUCUCCCGCUCUAAGUCAGGAGUCGCAGUGACUUUUUUUCAGUUAAGGAAGCAAGCCCCAGCUGCACCUUUCUAACCACCGGAGCCCUGCGCCCUCCCGUGUCCUAUGCUGCUAACGACAAUAUGAUGGCUUACUCUGCUAUUCGAAAACUAUUUUUAUGUAAUUAAUGUAUGCUUUCUUGUUUAUAAAUGCCUGAUUUAAAAAAGGAAAAAGAAAAGGCUUGGCAUAUUUAUCUAUCUCGCUGUGUACCUGUUAGUCCUUUGCUGCCCACCUGCCCCCGAUCCGCAAACAGACACCAUUGUAUAAUAAAGGACUUUGACAGAA